AUGCUGGAAUCAAAGUAUGGCCAUUCCCUUUGGAAUUUAAAAGAUGAAGUAGCAGAAAAUGAUCACAAUCUUAUGUGUGUGAAUAGCGUUAGUAUUUUAACCAAGCUUCUAUACAACCAAGAGAAAAUUGAACAAAAACUGGCAAUUUACAGCUUUAAACAGCUACGAAGAGAGAUGGUGGCUAAGAAUUUCAGGCUAAGUAAUUUUUUUGAUUCAAUCUAUAACGCAUCACUUCCUCAAAAUAGAAAUGAUAAGUAUUUAGAUAAGUUAGAUAAAAAAUUGAUGGUGGAAUGUUAUAUUCUUUGUAGCAAUCAAAAUUCUAAAUUAACAGCAUUUAAGAAAGAUAUUUCACUUUUUGUAGAUUUGAUAGAACUUUCGACAGAUGCUAUAGAUGCCUUAUCACAUGCUGAUCAUUACUAUAUGGGGCGAAUGGCUAAAAUGUUUAACGAUCAGUUUCAUCAUGAAAUAUCUUUGGACAAGAAGCUUGAAAAUAUAACUCUUCACAAAUAUGAUGAUCGCAUAAGAGAACAACGAGAAAAGCGUAAAAUGAAGGACACAAUACUUCUAGACUUUUUUGAAUUAAGUCUUAAGGAUAUGAAUUCAAAGACAAUUAACAUAUUUGAAGAUGUAUUUAUCAUUCAACAAAAGUCUACAUAUGCGGAUAAAGAUCAUUUGGCUUUAUUAAUGAAGAAGGCAGAA